GAGAAAAGAAAGGCAUGAAACCAUGUUGCGUUGCUAGUGAAGUAACGUUAGCUUCAGAAUUUCGGGCGUAGUCAUCGCACUGUAUCGGCCUUACCCUGACUGACUGCACUCAAGAUAUAUAUCUGCUUGUGGAAUGUACAGAAGUUGUGAGGGAUCAACAAAGAACUUAAGAGAGUUCAACUGAGAGCUGCAGGGAUGGGUCAUAGGGGUGUUCGUCAUCAAGUCAUGUCCAUUGAUCAGCAUGAUGAAUAUGGAAGGAAACUUUCUUCCAGUAUUCCUAAGGAAGAUGAAGAAAAAAUCUUUAAAACUGAACCUAUCUUCAUGCCAACAUUUAAGAAAAGAAAGCGCCUCAGCCUUGAUCGUCUUAGAGAGAUUAAAGCAGGGUUAUGUGGGAGACAAAGUAGUAGCAAGCUUAAGACAAUGAAGCAGGAAAGCAGAGAAAUAUGGUCAGCUGAGAGGUAUAAGUUGGCUGAGCAAAGCAUGUGGAAUAUCUUAAAAGAUGAAGGUGCAACUUUUGAAAACCCAAUAACCCUACCUGCACUAAGAAUGGCUGCCCGUAAGCACAUUGGUGAUGCUGGACUAUUAGACCACUUACUGGAGCACAUUGAUGGUAAAGUGACACCUGGAGGAACUGAGCGGUUCAAACGAUGGUUCAACACCGAAGGAAUCAUGGAGUAUUGGUUGGAGAGUGCUAAUUUGGAAAAGGUCCACCAGGAGGCUGCCGUGCAGGACCCUUGCUGGAUACCACCACCAUCUACAUUUAGGGCAGGCUGUGUCCCUUCUCAGAAUACUGAUUCUAUUGGUGAACUGAAAAUGCUUCAAAUAGAAAUGGCCCAAAUGAAGAAAGAUAUGCAAGAGCUCAGUGCCAAGAAGCAAAAGAAAAGCGAAAUGUGUCUGAUGGAGGUGAAGGGGACACAGAAAAAUUUUGGCAAGUGGAAAGCUAUGACUGAGCGCCGUGUAACUGAGAUCAUGACUUCUUUGAAGGGGAUACAGGGCAUGUAUGAUGGCAUGUUGAUUUGGAAAACCAAAAUUGAGCAACAACUAGUGGAAAUAACAAAUAAAUUGAGUGAUCUACAAAGAUCGAGUGAACACACCAAUUUUAGUCCUCCUUCGGUAAGAUGGGAAGAUUGGCUAGAAAGCACCAACCUAGACAAUAUUCAGGGAGACGAAUUUGCACCUUGGUUUGGGAAUCCUGAGCUACUUAAUGUUCCACAAGCGGUUGUACUUCAAGAUCCCAACUCAACCCUACCAACUCUGCCGCCCAGUGAAGAACUGACAGACAUGAAGAGCGACUUGGUGGAGUUAGUACCUAAGAAGCUAGAGGAACAUCAACCUAAUGUGACCCCUGAUUCUUCUACGAUUGUCAAUUCAAUAUCAGGCAUUGACAACUCAUUGGUAUUGUUUCAGGAAAUGUUUAUGGAUUUAUUUACAUGGAAGGAUAAAAUGGAGCAGCAGUUACUGCAGGUAUCAAAUACUGUAUAUGGUAUGCUGGCAAUGAAGUAGACUCUACUUCGUAGCAUCAAGCCUUAAUAUUAGGAUUCUAACCAUCCUCUCUCGCGGAUUUGUUUUCCUUUCUUACUCUUAAGAGGUUAGGGUUUAGAUAUUAUACAGCAUUAACAUACUAAUCCUUAAAUACUUUUCCAACCACUCAAGUUAAUAGAAGCCGCAUCUGAGUCUCACCCACAGAAUGGGAUGCAAGUUGUUGAUAUACUUCACUGGCCUUUUACAGUAAAGUAGGAUUGUUAUUUUAAGUGGCAGUUUAUUAGUUUUGUUUUAUGAUAGGACUUAUUUAACUUAUUAGCUAGAGUGACUUCUGAAAAUAUGUAUUUAACCUUA